AUGGACCAGGCCCCAACCAUCUCAAUAAUCCACGAAUAUCAGGUCCUCUACUCCCACCGCACAACACAACGAGACAAGAAAUGGAAAGACGGAUAUUUACUCUACUACGAAUUCAACCACAAGAUUGAAAUCUACAACGACUCCAUACAAAACUACCACCUCAUCACAACGGAUUUCCUUCACGAUCAAACAACGGCGGAGAUCUUGCAUCUGGUGUUGGUCAACGACCACGAGUUCCGCUUACCGAGCCAAGACUUCGUUGUGACUGUAAAUCACAAGAAUUGCGUGUAUAGCAAGGACAUCACGCGGAUGUUUAUUCGGAAAAAAGAAAAGGAGAAGCGGAAUUGGAAUCCAAUGCGAGAUCAACGUGAUGAUGAUGUUGUUGUCGCUGUCAAGCUGGAGUUUCGCGAUGGUGAUCCUGGGCGAGACGGACUGGGUGUGGGCACGAUGAUGAUGCCUGUUUUCAAACCUGUUGGGUUGCAGAGGCCAUCUAAGGUUGCAAAAAAACGGGGCCCCUGA